ACUUGGUGCACAGGUCAGCAGAGAGGAGCUGGAUGUCCCCUUGGAUCUUCACACAGCUGCCUCCAUUGGCCAGUAUGAGGUGGUGAAGGAGUGUGUGCAGCGGUAAGAGGUCUUGGGGUGCAUCCCUUCACCUCACAUUCUAAUUUGCAUCUUGGUGGCUUCAGUUCCCAACAGGCUGCAUGCAGCCUUGCAGAGAUCAAGGUCUUCAAUCCAUAUCAAAUAGGCUCACCCACUUGUUGCAGGUGUCCUUGACAGCCGGCUCCUGUUCAACUCCUAGAAAAAAGAUACCUUUGAUUCUGAGGACAAGAAAGAUGCUUAAAACAUGUUAUAAAUACUAAUUUGUAGUUUAUUUGAACCAGAAUCAUUUGGGGGGUUUCCUCUGACUGUAGAAAAACCCAGAGAAAACAAUAGAAAGGACGGACAGCCAGCACUCUGGCUCUGUGACUACAGGCUCACUGUGGUUCUUGAGCACAGAGGUGAGAGGGUGGCCUCCUAUCUUCACUGCCUGCUUUACUAAUCUGCAUAUGUGUAUUUAGUUCCACAGCCUGUCUAUUAUUCUGUGUGGUCAGAAGGUUUGGCUGGAAAAGGGUCUCUUUACUUUCUUGGUUCCACCCCACUCUAUACUUAAAAGUUUGUCAGUGCUCACUCAUUUAGUAUCUUGGUUAGAUGAUGUCUCUCAGACCUCUCUGUGCCAUCUCAAUUCCUGAUGAGCCAGGGGAAAGCCUCAGAAAGCCUGUGUCUCUGGUUGCUAAUCAGAGCCAUCCAUCGUCCUUGGCCAGCAGAGUCUGAGUGCUCUCAGUCUAGAGCAGUCUGUAGGACUCCUUUACUUAGUGCCUCAGAGGUGUGCAGCUAGGUGUGUAGUCAGCACAUGUCCUCACAGGAUCCCAAGACUCCUGCUGAAAUUCUUUGGAGUCCCAAGUUCUUAUAUGUUGAGUGUUUUGUUAAAAAGAACAUGUCUCAAAGCAGCCCAAAGAGGGGAAGAUAGAGUAGAUCUGUGCUCUCACUGGAGUUGACCCAGUUGAGAAGCACACUUGCUCACAGAAGCCUAGGUUGGGGCCAAGGGAUAUUGGAGGUUUCAAGAACAGGUGCUGAAAGGUAGGUGGUGGUUAGCUUUGCUGAGGUACUUGCUACUGUUGAGUUUGUUGAAUUUCCACUCAUGAAGCCAUGCAGGGGUGGAUGCCAAGUCAUUCCAGUGACUCCAGAGGUAGCUACAUGUAGCUCUACAGGCAGGGCCUCAGGCCACUGCAGAAUGCAGAGCCAGCUCGAGCUGCUAGUGUGCGGAAGUCACUGCCUCGGUCAGCUUAGUAUGGAUCUCACAGGAGGCACUGAUCAGACAACAGUUUCCACACGGGGAAUAAGAACUGUAAAGGGGAAGGCCUGGGCCUUAACAUACCUUCUUUGGAGUGGGCAGUGGGUGCUAUUCUAGAAUGGGACUAUCAUUCCCAAGCCUUAAAGUCUGAGAGCCCCACUCUUCUGCUUUUCUCAGUGAAAGUGCAUUUCCAGAACUAUAACAGAAAGAACUUAGAUAAUAGGUACUCUGGUGACAAGUUUUUUUAUAGGGUGAAAUGACAAAGGAUCAGUGGCAGUGAUGUCCUUAGUUCCUUUCUCUUUGCUUGACCACUCUGCAUAACUCUGAAGGCAGACGGUGUUAAUUUGGUGCCUGGUGGUUAAGGUGACUCAGCCUCAUUUCUACUAAUAAACUAGGCCAGUUAGUCUUUUCUGUGCUGGGUCCUUUGUGCUGCAGGGUGUUUAACCCACUACCUAGACCUAAUCUACUAUGUGCCAACAGCUGGCUACUUCCUAGAUAAUAUAACUGGGGAGAAAUGGCAAGACCUUACCUAACUCCCCUGCUUGAUCAUGGUGGGUAUUGCUGUAGGUACAAAAAAGAUUAUUGGCCUUGUCCAGGAGGUACUGGACAGGCGAGAGCAUUAAAAUAAAGGGGUUAUAUCAGUCACUUUUACUUUUUUCCCCUUUUCUUUCUGUUUGUUGUUUGUUUGUUUCUUUUUUAAAAUUUACUUAUUAGUCUGUAACCACAGCCCAUGGAAUGCUUCCCACAUCAUUUUACCCAGUCUAGAAAAUUCCUCAGACCUGUGCAAAGGAGAGAGUUAGAUUUGAAUAAGAAGAAUGGUGGUGGCUGGACUCCGCUGAUGUAUGCCUCCUACAUUGGACACGAUACCAUUGUUCACUUGCUGCUCGAGGCAGGUGUGAGUGUGAAUGUGCCAACCCCAGAAGGACAGACUCCACUGAUGCUGGCCUCCAGCUGUGGUAACGAGAGCAUCGCCUACUUCCUGCUCCAGCAAGGUGCAGAGCUUGAGAUGAAAGACAUCCAGGGCUGGACUGCACUCUUUCACUGCACCAGUGCCGGCCACCAGCAGAUGGUCAAGUUUCUUCUGGAGAGUGGAGCCAAUGCCAACGUGAGGGAACCUAUAUAUGGAUUCACUCCUUUGAUGGAAGCAGCUGCCGCUGGCCAUGAGAUAAUUGUGCAGUAUUUUCUGAAUCAUGGAGUCAAAGUGGACACAAGAGACCACAGUGGAGCCACAGCCCGGAUGCUAGCCAAGCAGUAUGGUCACAUGAAGAUUGUGGCUUUGAUGGAAACUCACUCACCUGUACUGCCCAAGAGCCUCUACCGUAGCUCAGAAAACUAUGAAGACCUGAGCUCUUCAGAUGAGUCCUGGCCUGUUCCUCAGCGCCAGAGGCCCUGUCGAAAGAAGGGCCUGAGUAUCCACGAGGGGCCUCGCGCCCUGGCCAGGAUCACAGCUACUGGACUGGGAGGCAAGACUCCGGACAGCUAUGAGCAAGUUCCUCCACGGGGCUAUGUGACCUUCACCAGCAGUGAUGAGAACACCAUGGAAGGCGAGGGCCUCUGCUACCGAGAUGUCACUUCCCCCAUCAAUGAACGUGAUGUGGAGAGCAGUAGCAGCAGCAGCCGGGAGGAACCCACUUUCUGUGCCAGUCUUGGGCCUGUGUGGAGGAGCAGCAGCAGUGAUGGCCUAGCAAGAGCCCAGGGUCUCAGCAGUGAAGCCUCCAUAGAGAGCAAUGAGGAUUCUGAUCACGCCCGCAAGAGCUCGGUUCGUAAACAAACCAGGACUUAUCUGAAGAAUAAGAGUCGUCACAACAACAGUGAUGGUCACUGGCCUUCUAGCACAGGGACUGCUCGAACUCCAGGGUCUGAACCCCAAGCUGAGAAGUCCCCUUACUCAGGACCCCAGGAUCUUGCCACACUGUUGGAACAGAUCGGCUGUCUAAAGUACCUGCAAGUGUUUGAGGAGCAGGACGUAGACCUGCGUAUCUUUCUGACCCUCACUGAAAGCGACCUGAAGGAAAUUGGCAUCACGCUGUUUGGGCCCAAAAGGAAAAUGACCUCUGCCAUUGCCCGAUGGCACAGUAGUGCCCGCCCACCUAGUGAUGCCCUAGAGCUGGCCUAUGCUGACCGGCUGGAGGCGGAGAUGCAGGAGCUUGCCAUCCAGCUGCACAAAUGCUGUGAGGAGGCAGAGGCUCUGCGUGGCCAAGUCUCCCAGGAGCAGGAAUUGCGGGCUGUAGUAGAGAGCUGCCUCCUGGAGCAGGAUAGUGCCCGAAAGGACAUCCAUGCCCAGCUGCAGGAGGCCCAAACCCUGGCCCAGGAUGCUGCUCUUGUCCUAGACCAGCUGCGGUAAGUGGGCUCACAUACUCAGGUAGACACCCACACACACUUGUUAGUCAUUGUCCCUUCCUAAUCCUCUAAGCAGUUGAGAGGUGGGGGGAACCAUAGUGCCUUUUCCUGGGGCUCUGUCUCUUACAGAGCAGACCCAGGCUUGACUCUAAAGCAGACUGGGGAUCUGCAUGUCUUUCCAGCCUACCAGUAUGGGCUGGCUACAGGGCUGAAUUGGUUUUCCUUACCCGGAUGGUUUGGGCUUGGGUUGGU